UCUUUGGCGAUGUCUUCGAUAACACAAAAGAUUGGCUUCUGGAAAAAGUAAUAAAAUGAUUCACGCCUAUUCCGUCUGCGAAACUCGUUCGUGCGAGAAAACUGUACAGUCGAAAAGUUUGAUGCGCGUCAGAGCUGACGUUGCGAUUGAAAAAGAUCCUGAAGAAACCCUGAGUGAACAAUAGGAAGGCCUUGAUGAGAGAGCGAACGCGGGUUCUAACGCGGAAAUCCCGACGUUGAAUUUGACAGCUUGCGCGUCGCGCGGUGUAUCUGGCUGCGUUUGUUUUCAAACAAAGAGAGGGAGAGUGAGUACACAUAAAGUGGAGUCAGCUGAUCGGGACGCUUCCCCGUUGGCGGGGGAAUUGACGAGGGCUUAAAUAGCAUCGCGUGCAUUGGUGCCGACUAGUACCGGUUAGUAAGUCACUUGAGGCGAGUCUUGGCUGCGCCGUGAUAGCACAGAGGACUCGUGAAGUCCUUGCGAAGCCCGGAGGAAGUCAGCCGGACUUGCAACCCGCUGAAGUUCGCUCGCAAAGAUUUUUUCGAGAGUGCAAGUGGACUUCGAGAUCCUGGAAACGCUCGCUUGGUGAAGGAAUCGAAAAUCUGCGUCUCUUCGAAGUUGGACGAUCCUUCGAGAAGCUCUUUGAUCUUAGUUGAAAGCAGUUUUUUGCGGGGGAAGAUAUCGAAAUCUAUCUGUAUUCGCACGCUUCUUGCGCAAAUCGUGAACUCUUCGUAAGGAAGAAGCGAUCGUCAUGAGGCCGCCGUACAAUGAAGAAGAGGUGCAGCAGAUCUCGCAGGAGCAAGGCGAGAGAAACGUUGCGAUGGCGGUUUGCGUGCAAUUAGCUGGCCGAGCAAUCAUCAGAGUGGUUUCGCGGUGCGAAGAAGCCCAGGAUAACUGCAAUCUAGACCUUUCGGAGUGCCAGCUCAUGCAAAUCCCGGACGCGGUUUAUCAUUUGAUGCGGCACACCGAGCUGAAGAGAUGCGACCUCUCCGGGAACGUGAUCACGAAGAUUCCACCAAAGUUUGCCGUGAAGUUUUCAUUAAUCACUGAACUGAAUUUGAGUCACAAUCAAAUGAGCAAAUUGCCUGAGGAGUUAGCCGAGCUACAAGCUCUGGAGAGACUCGAUAUCUCGCACAACACUUUCAUCGCUCUACCACCUGUCGCUUGGCGGAUACCGCAGCUCAAACGACUCCUCGCCAACAACAAUUUUAUCAUCGACGUCAACGUCGAAAGACUCAGGCAUGCUCCCGCUUUGGAAUUCAUCGACCUACAGGCGAAUCCAUUACCACCCAGAUUGCACGAUCUUCUACGCACUCUGACUGGGAUCACAGUCGAACUCACUCCUCGGCAGGUCGAAGAUUGGGAGGAUUUGAACGUUUGAAUCCAUCUCCCCCAAACAAAGAGCAGCCCAUCUCGCUGAAGACGACGGGGAGACGAUUUGCCGCGUCCUCACGACGAAGAUUGCUCAAGAUUUUGCCAGACUAGAAAUAGAAUUGAUUCUUUUGUACAGUGAUAUAACGUGAGCCGACUGAUAACGGAUGUCACGCGCGGACCGAAACGGUUCGGUUGUAUUUUUUUUUUUUUGUAAAUGCCACUAGCGAUAUGUACUUAAAUACCGCGGAUCGGAUUAUCGAUCUCCGCGGAGAUCGCACGAUCCCUCAUUCUUAUUUUAUACUGCGUGGAUUCUUAGAUUUUAUCGCGAUAAUAUUGUGAUGCUUAGCUACUUCAGUCAUGGGAUUCGGCGGUUCUCAGAUACCAUGAUUCGCGAAUUUUCGGAGAGAUGUAAAAGUAUUUGGAAUCUCAGAAGAUUAAAUUUUUAAAUCCACACAUUUUACAUAUUUCUAUAACUUGCAAUCUGGGAUUCUUGGAAAGACUUAAGAAAGUAGUCGAAGAAUAUUUUGGACUUUCGAAGAUCUUUAAACUGUUAAAGUUGCAAAAUAUGUCACGUUGUUCAUAAAUACAGAUUAUAUCGACCGAAUUUUUAACGUAAUUUUAAUGCUACGGACAAUUUAUCGUUAUGGACUACCGAUUUAUAUAUGCAUAGUGCAACCUAUCUAACAUUUAACAUUUUGCACUCGAGCAUUGCAUACAUGACAGUGUAAUGGCUGAGAUUGUAAUUUUAAUAAUUUUACACGAUUUCAGAUAUUGUUGCAUAUUUAUAUAAAUUGUUACUAUACAUAAUAUACGUAUAAAUAAUAAUUUAUAUUUAUAAAUACCGUAAAAUAAAUAUUGUUAAAGGAAAAAUCGUAUAUUUCUUUGCAAAUUAUGUUCCGAGAGAAUGUUUUCAUAUUUGAUGUGUGCAUUCAGAAUUUGGGCAUAAAAAUUUAAUAUCUUACUAAUUGAUCAGAUUUUAUAACUCGAGUACAAAGUGUUAAUAAUGAAACAAUAACGAGUGGAAGAUCUAACUAGAUAGUUUUAACGUUUGAAUACAUGUCAAGUUGUUAAAAAAAUAUACAAUAAUAUUUCAAAAUCUUUUCGGAGAACUGUACGCAUUUUGUGUAUAUAACAGUCGUGCAUCCUCGAACAGUGAUUAUAAUUUAAAUUUCUUUUAUCUGUACUUUUCAUCUAGUCAAUUAUUUUUGGAUGUAUAGAUUUCAAGAUUUAUAGACACAUAAUUCUAUUGAGCUUCGAAUUUGCGAAAUAUCACAUCCACGGCAUUUGGAUAUCUUUACAGAUCUUUUGGAAAGCCUUGAUUUCCUAGAUUUUAAAUUACAAAACCGUAAUCUGUCUUAUAAAAUUGGUGUCCGUAAAAUCUUUAGUUUUAUUUUCGGACCCAUAGAAAUUUGAAUACAAUGAGAAAGAUAACACAAUGCAGGCCCAGACAGCACGCAUGUCUUGGAGACAUCUAAAAGACGUCUAAAAGAUGUCUAUGUUUAAGACAUACGUGCUGUCUGGGACACAUAUUAUUGUAACAGCACUUUGAAAAAGCAAAAGCGCAUUUUUAUCUUGUAUUUUGCAAGAUCUGUUCCUAGUCUAUGCAUCCUAGUUGCAAUGACUACUGUAUCGCAAUUUGUAUUCUAAGUCAUAAUUGUAUUGCAAUAUGGCAAAAAAAUUCGAAAUGACGAGUCAAAAAAAUUAUCAACACAUUUAGUUUUAUACUUAUUCGAUAUUUUGUCAUACAGUUUGAUACAUUAGGAAAUUCUUGUGCGAUAUUUAUUAUAAUUAUAUACAAUAUUGACAAAGAAAGAAAAAGAAAGAUAAAAUAUAUCAACAAAUUGUUGAGCUAUUUUUGAUACUGCAUACACGUUGCGUCUUCCUUUGAUUUAUUAAUAUAGAUGUAGACUUAAAGAAUUUUAACGAAGUGGAAAGUCGAUGCUACCUUGAUUCACAAAAAUAAAUCAUGGGUACGAACGCGUACAAAUAGAGCGAAUAAAGCGUACCAAAAUUUU